AUGUUAAAAAAUAUUCUGAACUUUCCUGAAUUUCUUUUAUCAAUAAAAUCUGAUCUGUUAAAAAUAUUAAAAUCAUCGCUUGCAAAAAAUCCUAUAAAAUUUAAUCUUAAGUUGGAGUUUACAUACAGAAGGCCUGGCGUAGAAAACUCGUCAGAGAACAGAUCGUUUGCGUGUCCAGCUAAAACACUUUAUGCAGAGACCGAUUUGGUCGAAAAAAUAGGACAAACGUUUACCACGUUACUCGAGCAGGAAGAAGUGUAUUUGUCGAGAGGAAGUGGUUUUAUUUUGGACACAGAAUGA